GCCUCUGAACGUUUUCUCUGUCACUGAGGUCCACACAGGAGAUCCCUUCCAAUCUCUGCCUCAUAAUCCCUUCUGUGUCUCCAAUCCUGCAGGUCCUAGGAAAUACUGCAUGCUCCUACCCAGAGCCUUUGCAUGACUGCUCCUGCUGCCUGGACUGUCUUUCCUCAGAAUUCUUCAGAUGUCACAUUCUCAAGGAAGGGUCCCCUGAUGACGCUUCCCAUAGUCAGGACUCUGACUGCCCCUUGGCACAUUUGUGUGUCAACCACACACAAUGGGCUCUUUUAGAGAUCAGCAAGAGGAUGGGUACAUUGAUCAAAGAUGAAAUAUGGCUCUCUUACUGGGCUGGGGGAGGUACCUCUGAGAAGCCGAUAGCCUGGAGUCUGGAGUCCCCCAAACUCAGAGGUGAUUUUACUGAAGACCAUCCAGAGGCUGUGUCGUCCCUGUGGCUGUUUCUGUUGCAGCCUUCAGGAUUGAGCGGCUGCCUUCUCCAACCCCAGUGCCCCAUUCAAACUCAGCGGCCUUGCCAAAGAACUUUGGAGCUGGGCUUUUGGGGUCAUACCUGGCCCCAGAAAGGGGGAUGAAUGGGGUGGAGGGAAAGCAGAGUCUCUCAGAGUCAGAUCCAAGCAGUGGGAGUGGGUAUAUCCUGUUCCCCCAGUGCGUAUCGCCCGUAUGUGUGCGCUGCUAGCAGCGUCGUGCCGAUUGGCUGUUUGUUAAACGGUCGCAACGGAUGAACCAGAUCCCAGAUGCAUUGACGAGGAACCAUAUGGUCUCUGGACGGAGGGAGUUGAGGGUCGAAAAAAGGAGAGCAAGGAGCUGAGGAGUGGAGGCACUAAGGCCGGGGGGGUGUGUAGGGGGGCGAGGCAAGGAGGAAGGUUUCAGACCCUCAGCUCUUCCUUGCUGGAGGAGCAGGGCAACCUGAGUGAGCCCUAAAUGGCGGAGGUGGGUGGAGCAAGGCUGCCCUCAGGCGGCGGAAAAGGCAACCACAGCACCGGCUGCGCAAUGCGGAUUCCUUCUGGACCUCUUGCAGUAGUGAUCCUGGAAGGGGCCACAGUUUGAUUGCAGAGCCCACACACAGCAGGCUAGGAUGAUGCUUAGCAACCAAUGGACUGUUGCCAUGGAGACCGCCGGGGAUGCGGAUCUGAGGACCUUGUGCAGGAAGCAAGUGCGCAUGAGUGAUCUUCAACGCCAGCUGGCCAGCUCGGUAUAGAUCAAGGCUGUGUGACCUGUGCUGACUGGAGCUGAAGCAUAGGGACGGAGUCCUGGCCUCUUUGGGGCCAGAGCCUGCGCUUGGGAAAGCAGCUGUGCUCCAGGCUCCUAGCUUUGACCUGGGUAGAGCAGAAAGAUGUCGGAGCCCGUGGCCAUGACCCUGCUGGAAGAUUGGUGCAGGGGCAUGGGAAUGGACAUCCACAGAUCCCUGUUGGUCACUGGGAUCCCUGAGUACUGUAGCCACGCAGAAAUUGAGGAGACCUUGAAUGGGGUCCUCUUGCCACUGGGCACAUACCGUGUGCUCAACAAAAUUUUUUUGAGGCAAGAGAACGUGAAGGCUGCUCUAGUUGAGGUUAGCGAGGGUGUGAAUCUGAGCUCUAUACCCCGGGAGUUCCCAGGGAGGGGCGGUGUCUGGAGAGUGGUCUGCAGGGAUCCCACCCAGGACGACGACUUUUUAAAAAAUCUGAACGAAUUCUUGGAUGGCGAAGGACGCACUUGGGAGGAUAUGGUGCGCCUCUUGAAGCUUAACCCUAACCCACCGCUACCGAAUUCAAACCAGCCUCCACCGAACUGGGCAGAAGCCCUGGGGUUGCUCCUGGGUGCAGUAGUACAGGUCAUAUUCUACAUGGAUGCUGCAAUCCGUAGUCGGGAUGAAGAAGCAAGGGCUGAGGAGGCUGCUGAGGCUGAGUUGAUGGAGGCUUGGGCUUCCACAGCGAGGAAGAGAGUAAAGAAGGAACCCGGGCUGGGCGUCGAAGUGGGCUCAGCUUUCAAGAUGGAGGACCGAAACUAUUGGAAGAACACAGAGGACCAUGGUGACCCUCCAAAACCUCUAGUUCGCAGGCCUGGAGGUAAGAUUCGCUCCAGGAGGAGGAAGCAGAAAAAAAAUCUUAAGCAAGAGCCAAUAUGCUGGAGGAAAUCCCAGGGCAGCAAUUACAACAGCAAUUACAAUAAGGUUAAUUUGGAAGCUGGUGAAGCUGCCCAGAGCUCAGAGAUCCCAGAGUCUGUCAAGAGCAACAAAAAACCCUUUGUGAAGCAGGAAGAGACAGUAUGGAAGAAGAAAAGAGUCUGGAGGGAUCCCAGCGAUCUUCCUCGGUCUGCGCUGCCUGCAGCUGACAGCCCCGGGAACCUAGAGGAUUCAGAUCAAGAUGGUGGACCGGAGAACCCCGCAAAGAAGAAAGCCAUGACCUGGGCCUCUAACAAGAUCCCUGUCCCCACGAGGAAGAAGAAGAAGAUGGUGAGCUUGGGCACUCUCUCCUAUGUCCUGCUUGAUGCUGAAGCCACCAAGAACAAAACAGCGAUUCUGAAGAAAGGGCUUGGUGCUAGAAGGGCUGUGUCGGUACCUCAUGAUGCACCUGCUUCAACAUCCAGGCCUCAGAAGACCAAGCUGGGAGCCUUCCCUCGAGUCUCCAAAGAUUCCAGGAAGCUAUGAUUUGGGGAACCCUGUACCCACGGAGGUGAGAGAGCAUCAAGGAAGAAGACUCAAGUUGGAAGAGAACUUUUUCUUUGUGGUUGAAUAAAACCUGACUGUGAACCGUUGGGGGCCCAGUGUGCCUGUGUGGGUCAGACUCACACAGGCAAUGGAUGUAAGGCCUUAGGUUGGGGGAUACUGUCAGGGGGAGAUUCCCUCUGUGUCUUUUCCUGAGUUGGAGCCACUUUUCAUUUCUGCACAGCCUCAAAGGUGGACAAGGUAAUAAAUAGCUUUGGAAAAUUCUAGAACGUUCUUUCCCUUUGCCCACAAAGGGGCUCACGGUAUUGCGCACCCACAUUCAGCCUUUAUUCUCUUCUACCCCUGCUUUUUCUUCUGGAGGCAUAGCUUGCCUGCUCGGCCUGCGGCCCAGAAGGGCAUGUAGACAUUUUGUUCCUUGCACUGUACGAAUUUGGUAAGUCAGACCUUGCUCUUUGAAGCUUGCUGUGUGGAUUCUUCAGUGUUCACCCUCCAGCAGCCUAAAUGGAAAUUGAGAUCCUGAGAGUUAGUUCUGGGAAAAAAACAAACAAACAUCUGCCUGCCCUUGAAUCCUUCAGUUUUCAUUGUCUUUGAAGAAAACUAGGGGCAAGGAAGAUGGUUCAGUGCAUAAUAGGGCUUGCAGUGCAAGCUUAAGGACCUGAGUUCUAAUCCCCAGGACUCACAUAAAAGUCUGUGCCUGUAACACCAGCAUCAGGUGGUGCAGACAAGUAGACCCCAAGAGCUUGCUGGCCAACCAGCCUAUCUGAAAUAGUGAACUUCUGGGCUGGGGAAUCCCCUAGUGAGGGGAUAGGGGCAUGGCUCCGUGGUAGAGCCCCUGUUCUGAAUUCCCCAAUAAGGGGCUGCAGGCAGGGUUCAGUGAUAGAGCCCCUGCCUAGAAUCCCCUAGUGAGGGGUUGGCGCGGCUCAGCACUACACCCCUUCCCAGAAUCCCCCAGUGAGGGGCUGGGAGUGGGCUUAGUGAGCUUCUGCCUAGCAUAUGCAAGGCCCUGGGUUCCAUCUCCAGAACCAAUAAAAAACAAAAUGGAAUAAAAAUGGCACUUUAGUUCCCAAAUGCGGUGAUACCCUCUUUAGAAGCCUGUGGUGGAAAGGAGAGGUUGAUAGAAUUAAAUUUCUAGCUCUAAUUCCGUUGACCUCUAUCUUUGAGGCUUAAAUAAGUUGCUCACAUUAUAGUCAGAAGAAGAAAAUCUGUCUCUUUUUAAAAGUUUCUUUAAAAUGAGCUGAUCUCUACCUUCUGAAUUUAGUGCUGCCAUUAAAUCUGACCAUGCCUCAUUCUGUGUGCCUGUAAACCAGAGAGGAUGGUGCCACCCCCAUCUGUGGUUUCUAAAUUAUAUCCUGAGGACUCCUUUUUCAUGUUUAAAAGCAUGAAAGAGAGGCUUCAGAUAUGGGUGAGUGGGAAAAGGGGUUUGACAUCAAGCCCGAGUCCCUGGGUUCGAUCCCCAGGACCCACAUCACGGAAAGAAAGAGGUGACCCCUGAAAGUUUUGUUCUGACCUCCACAUUUAUUCCAUGGCACAUGCAUACCCCCAUAAAUAAAUAUAAUUAAAAAUUAUGUGUGGAAGAAGCAAAGGUGUUGGUGUGUGGCCGUAACCCCAGCAUGUGGAGCCUGAGGCAGGAGAAUGUCUCUGAAUUCAAGGCCAGGUUGGGCUACAGAGUAAUAUCCUGUCUCAAAAUAAAUAAGUAAAUAAGAACAGUUUUUUUAAAGUGUGGGAAAACAACAACUCAGUUGUGUUGUAAUCCAAAAUACUGCUGUAUUCCCUUGUGUGUAUAAAUAACUGUAUCUGGUUAUCCACACUGUGCUUUGCGUACAAUUGUAUUUUCCUUUGUGUAUGUGUGUGUUCAUCUAUGCAUAUGUGCAUGUGUGUGUAUGUGGAGGCAGAGGAUUACCUAGGGUGUCACUCUUCGGCCACCAGCCACCUUUUUAUGAGACAGGGUUCUCUCACUGGCUUGAAACUGGCUAGCAUGCUAGGCUGGACCGGAACUGCAGGGCUCUCCUGUCUCUGCCUCCCCAGCUCUAGGGCUACAAGCCGGCGCUACCAUGUUCUUUUUCUUUUUGCACAGGUUCUGGGGAUCAAACUCAAUUCCUCAUUCGUGCAACAUGCUUUCCCUACUGGGCUGUCCCUGCCACCCCCUAAUGAAGUUUCUUGUAAAUGUGAACUUUGAGGAGAAGGGUCGGAAGGUGUGGAAGGGAUUGGAUCCCCUGCAUGUCCUGUAACAAUAUCCUGAGUGAGUUUAUGCAUCUCUGUGUCUCCAUCUCCUGUUCAGCCGUGAUUGACAUUAGGGUCACUAGCUAAUAAUCUGGGCUAACCUGGGACAGCGAAGGAUUUCUGGCCUGGAUUUCCAGCCCUCUCGAGAUUUCAUGACCACUCCCACCUUCAGUUUUCUUGAUCUAAAAACUCUUGUCAGUGAGUCAGUCAACCACCAGACACGUUUCUUGUGGUAAACCUUGAGACUCGAUUACAUCUUUGUUGAAGUAGUACAUCGGUACAACUAUCAAUGAAUGUAAAUGUGUGAGUGUAAAAUAAAGCUGUGUAAAUGAA